AUGCAUGUCUUCCAGUUUAUUCCGCUCUACCUCAUAGCGACCGUGCAUGCAAAACUAGUGAACGUUACUCUUGACGAUCGAAGCACGGGGUUGGUCUAUUCCCCUUUGAAUUCAUGGGCCGAUGGUGCCGAUUGUCAGCCAUGUUCAGCUAAACCGGAUAUCAACAACCUCGUCAACGGGACAUGGCAUGAUGCAACAUACUACCCAGGCAAGAAUCAGCCGCAAAAUGUGUCUCUUUCUUUUAGUGGUGAGUUGGCUAUCUAUGUUCAGUGCAUAUUAGCCAAGAAUUCUACCAGCCCUCCUAUCAACGGGCAUGCUGAUAUGCGAUUCUACAUCGAUGACGUGCUAGUAGGUCAGUUCGGGCGGGAUAUACCGAACGACUCUGCCGAGAGCUUCGAGUACCACGUACCUGUUUACAGGAACACGUCCAUCAACGCCGGCCUUCACUCUUUCCAGCUACAAAACGGCAUCAACGGUGGGGAACAGUCCUUGAUCCUCCUUGAUGCGAUCAUUUAUACGUAA